UCUCCCCCUGGAAAACGCGACCUUGGCUGCUUCGCUAGCCACUGACUUGAAGCCGCCCGCCCACUUCGUCCCCUUGCUGAUCCGCGAUAAGGCACGCAAUAGUGUAUCCAUCCAUCGACGACCUUGCACGCCGAUACUACGCCCGCACCCAUUGCGCCGCCCAUUGCGUCCACCGCUUUGCAAGACAGAUCGAUUAAAAGUAGCAUCCUCCCCCAGUCGCCCGUCAUGGCAGAGCAUCAUCCACUCCCCGCGCUGCCUCCCCAGCACCAGCAGCCAAACCAACAAUUCUACCACGACCAAGCCGCCGACUCGUACGACGAGCCAGCACAUAUUCCCUCCUACCAACACUACCAGUACAACCAGCCGCCGCCCGCAGGGCCACCGACUCGCGCUCAUCCUCAGACCCAAGGCCCGGCACAGAAGCAACCUCAGUCUCCCCAUAAACGACCCAGAACAUUCAGUUUCCAGUCUAACAAGUCUCACAAGAGCUCGGGCAGUCACAAUAAGAUUGACUUACACGAGAGUCAUCAAGAGAAGGAAGCAAAGAGGCUACACAGCAAAGCUGAUCCCACCGUCGCCAUGAGCGAGGCCGAACCUUCCGCCGUUCAGGCAAUGACGAAAACCUCCCUGGCGCCGCUGCGUGCCAUCCAGCACAAGGACACAACCGGCAACCCCAUCACCGAGCCCGACCGAUCCAACCCGACUCGUAGUCGAUGGGAGCGCCCUCUGGAUACUAUCCGCAGUUUCGAGGCUGCCAUCGACGGAGGCUACCGUGACCGUGACCGCCGCCAAUCAUACCGUUCAGACGCCGAGUCUGUUGCGACAUGGAACCGGCGCAGCAGUUACUAUGCUACCAGCGGACCUCGACAGCCCCAUGACAGCUAUUAUGGCGGACGCCCCGGUUCCUUCAGGCCCGAGAGCGGUCAAUUCGAGAUUGCAUCCAACCGCCAGAGCUAUUAUGACCCGUACCACAACGGCGGCGGCGGUGGUGGAGGAUACCACAAUGGCAACGUUCCCUACCGUCAGAGAGUACCCAGGACACAGACCGACCCGCACAUGAAUGGCUAUGGUCGUGGCGACCAGAACGUCUAUCCUCUCCCUAACAAGGACCUCUCGUACGAAACUGUCGCGUCGGCAGCCGGAAGCGGAACUUCGGCAGAGCAUGCUGGCUAUCAUACCGACCCCACUAGUAGCGACAACAGCUCCAUCGAGCGAGCCCCGGCCCCCAAGCCCCAGCCCGUCAACGACUACGGUAUCGGUUUCGCCCAGGGGCAAUCUUACCAACCACCUUCCUUCAAUCACGAGAAUGGUACACCGAACGGCCUGCAGAACGACAAAGGCCACGCUCAUUCAUCUGUGAAACAAGGCCCUCAGAUUCCCGACAAGGGCGCCAAUGUGCUGCGGAGACCGGCCGCGGAUCCACCUCAGCAACAACAGCAGCAGCCGCAGCAACGACCUGAAGCGCCGGUCAAGCGGAAAAGCUGGUUUUCCCGCAGGUUCAGCAAGGCAUCCUGAGGAACGAGAUGCACGAUACAUGACCUGGUUUUCGUCUUUACUUUGUCGAUACCCCAAUUUUCUGCAUUCUGGACUUGAUAUGGUACUUCGGGCGAGGAUCAUCAUAUAGGGGGGCUUCUACGUGUCGGUCUGGAGACACCGGGUAUUUUUCUCCAUCCGAUAAGUAGGCCUCCACUGAGGAAGGGGCAGGUGAUUGAAAUUGCUUGUCAAGCAUGAUCAUUUUUUUGCUUGAUUCUAAGACGGCGGUAUAAUGGCGUUGGAUCAAAGUACGUGCACACGAUUCGUAUGACGAAGGUACGGGUGACGAUGGUUGAUGGUCGGGUUAUGAACGGACUUUUAUUUUGGCUUCAUUUAUGAUGGCCUCCGGCUGCGGAGCUCUAGACAUACGGCAAUC